AUGUUGACGAUCAGCCUUACCGGAAAGACCAUCACUCUCGAGGUGGAGAGCUCCGACACUAUCGACAAUGUGAAGUCGAAGAUCCAGGACAAAGAGGGUAUUCCUCCUGACCAACAACGAUUGAUUUUUGCCGGAAAACAGCUCGAGGAUGGUCGAACUCUUUCCGAUUACAACAUCCAGAAAGAGUCCACUCUCCACCUCGUACUCCGUUUGAGAGGAGGUAUCAUUGAGCCCUCUUUGAAAGUUUUGGCCUCAAAAUACAACGUGAGUCCCUUCCCCCUUGUACUUUCACGGCAGCUGAUACCAUAG